AAAAAAUCAACCAUGAAGAAAGGAGAUGUUGGUUAAAAAGAAAAUCUCAAAUCCAGUGCAGAUUUUGCAAAAGAUAUGGCCAUAUGGAGAGAGAUUGCAGAGCUAAACAAGCUCAGCGAACUCAACAAACACAGCAGCCUCAAUAUAGACCAAAGCAACAGCAGAAAGCAAAUUAUGUUGAUGAACAUGCACAACAAAAUUACCUGUUUGUAGCUUCCUCGAGCAGCUCUUCAACUUCUGCCAGUUCUUGGUAUAUUGACAGUGGUUGUACAAGCCACAUGGCUCGAGAUGAAAGUAUUUUCUUGGACUUAGACAAAUCAGUGAAAACAAGUGUCAAGCUUGGAAAUGGCACGGUGGUUUUCUCACAAGGAAAGGGAACAACAGUAAUCCCAACAAGUUCAGUUAAGAUGGUCCAGAACAGUUUUCUUUUAGAUAUGCAAUCUGUUCAGAAAUGCUUGCAUGCUUCUAAAGUCAAUGAUACACUUUUGUGGCAUAAGAGAUAUGGCCAUUUUAAUGUCAAAGCAUUGAAAUACAUGCAAACUAAUGAAUUGAUCAGAGACUUUCCAGAAGUGCAUGUAACUAAUGAAGUGUGUCAAUGCUGCCAACUUGGAAAAAUGCAUCGGUUAUCAUUUCCUAUCAACAAGGCAUUUAGAGCUUGUGAAAAGCUAGAGCUUGUCCAUACAGAUAUUUGUGGUCCCAUGAAAGUUCCUUCUUUGGGCCAAAACAAGUAUUUCAUUCUAUUCAUUGAUGAUUUCACUAGAAUGACAUGGGUUUACUUUUUAAGUAGCAAAGCUCAAGUGUUCUCAGUGUUCAAGAAGUUCAAGGCCUUGGUUGAAAACCAAAGUGGAUGUAGAAUUAAAAAGCUUAGAUCAAACAAUGGUAAAGAAUAUACCUCUGUUGCGUUCAAUAAUUUUUGUGAAGAGGCUGGCAUCCAACACCAACUUACAGUCAGCUAUACUUCACAACAGAAUGGAGUUUCUGAGAGAAAGAACAGGACAGUUAUGGAAAUGGCCAGUUCAGCAAGCUCCAGCAUGCCUUCAAAUACAGAGAUUGCUGAAGUUGAUGAUGACUCUCCAAUUUUGAAGACAAAGUGCUUGUCUGAAGUGUAUGAGAGUUGUAAUUUGGCUAUUUCAGAACCAUCAAGUUAUGAAGCUGCUGCAAAACAAGAUGUUUGGUUGCAAGCUAUGCAAGAGGAGAUAGCUAUGAUAGAGAAGAACAAAACCUGGUAUCUCACAAAAAAACCUCAAGACAAAAAUGUUAUUGGGGUAAAAUGGGUUUAUAGAACAAAAUUGAAUCCCAAUGGGUCAGUUCAUAAAUACAAGGCCAGGUUGGUGGUCAAAGGUUAUGCUCAAGAGCCCGGAGUUGAUUAUGGUGAGACUUUUGCACUAGUAGCUAGGCAUGAUACAAUUAAACUCCUUGUUGCUUUAGCUGCAAAUUUGGGCUGGAAACUCUAUCAUAUGGAUGUUAAAUCAGCCUUCUUGAAUGGAAUCCUAGAGGAAGAAAUUUAUGUUGAACAACCUCAAGGUUUUGACGUUGCUGGAAAAGAGGACUAUGUGUACAGGCUUGGCAAAGCCUUGUAUGGUCUGAAACAGGCACCAAGGGCCUGGUGGUAAUGAGCACCUCUUGAACAAUUUUAAGGCUGAAAUGAUGAAGGA